UGAGUGUAACUUUAUACAAGUACAUUUUCAUCAGUACCAUGCACCCUAUUUUAAUCAUCUGGGUCCACUUAUAUCCACCGUCUGAUAUAUAAUAUAUCAUGAUCGAUCUCUUGCCCACCCCACUCACAUGCUCAUUUAACAUCUACAAUCAUUAUGUUGGCUCUUCUCUGAGGUAAGGAAUCCAAACAUCCAGAGAUCCUGAGUGUAGUGUUUAGAUUUUGGAUUCAUCGUACGGUGGAGAUGUAAUUGUCGGCGGGCCAGGAGAUGCCACCUUAAGUUGAUGAAAUGUAGUAUAUAAUUGAGACAAGUGUUAGAAGAGAUAAAGAAUUCUCGGGUGCAUGUGAUUCAGCCUGUUCUUUUGAUGAUUGUCUGGGGGGAUUGAAUUGUAAUUGAUGGAGAAUGUGAGAGCAAGGUGUUCUUUUAUCAACCAGAGUUAGCCAGCUAGCUCUUUUGUUUGUUUAUUUUGAAAGACUUCCUUUUUGCUUUGCUUUCUUUGCCAUCUGCUGCACAACGAAACAAAGAUUGAGAUCUUCUUUCAGCUGCUGAAAUUCUUACAGUUGGAUAUAUAGGUGAAGCAAUUGCAGAAGAAGUUUCUAUUACAGGUAGAAUUUAGCUUCAAUGGAGAAGCUUCUGAAUCCAUAUGAUAAAGAAUUCAUGAGGAUGGCCAUGUUGAAGCAUGAAGAAACUUUCAAGGAGCAGGUACAUGAACUCCAUCGGCUCUAUCAAAUCCAGAAGAUACUGAUGAAAAAUAUUGAAAGCAGCAACACAAAUGGACGGAAUCAAGAACUAUGGAGCUCAAAGAAUGGUUUUACUUUCAACCAGCUGAGUAAUCAACAACAUAAGUCAAGUAUGCAGCUCGACUUGGAGCAGCAACCUGCUGAUGUUCAUAUUAUUGCCGGCAACAGCAUGCCGGAGAUGAUAGAUGAAAGUGAGAUUGAGCUAACACUGGGACCAACAACUUAUGGUGCUCGGAGGAAGAAACCUGACUUUUCUUCUGAUUCUGGACGAAGCUUUUCUUCUUCUUCCACGGGAUCCAGCCAUAUAAGAGGUAAUAGAGCUAGAGAAUUAUUAAGUGGGUGCGAACUGGGGCUUGACACACAGCAGCAGCCGGAAAUUCUAAACCAGCCACCAUGGCUAUUCCAAGUUUUAAGCCUCAAGAUGACUUGAAAAAUCUUCCUUAGUGGAUAUGGAAAUAUCAAUUUAGACUCCCUUCCUAUCGACUGAUAUUGCUGUGAUAAUUGAUGAUGUAAGCGUGGCAUUUUCUGCUUAGUUUUUAGUAUAAUGGCUGAUGUAGUCUUCUGUAAAGUUUACUUGUUUUCCCUGGCUUGCAAAACCCAUUAUAAUUACACAUUGACCUUUGCUCUAAUA